AGAAGAAGCAGAACGAGAUGGCCGAGAGACGAUUGCCUUGGGAAGUGAGCUCCCGUAGUUGCCGCAGAUUGGCACCUCCUCCUCCCCCGCCGCUGGUCUCUCGCGUCUCGGGCCUGUUCCUUUAAGAGCCACUGCCGAAAGACGCACUCGGUAUUGCUUUGCAGACAGUAUCCGUGCGCUCGUUCGUCGGGGUGGCUGGAUGAAAGAGCGGAAAGUUUACGGCUGGCAGGCUCCCACCCCGGGAUGAGUGAAUGAGUGGCCCGCUGCUCCCGCCCCCUGCAGACGGCUUGCGGCGGCGUUGCGCUGGCUCCAAGUGGCACCGUCUCAGUCUCCCCCGGAGCGGAGGAAAGGCGCAGGGGUUCGUCCGCGCAUGGCGCUGGUUACCGUCUGUCGUUCCCCAUCGGGGAGUGGCCACUCGACUCCCACCGGCUGCAAGGAUGAAGAUGUUCCCAGAAAGAGACAGUUGCAGCGACGCCACAGCUUUGUCAUGGUCAAAGGAGCUGCUCUACUCCUGCCAGAAGAAGACAAGUUGGAACCAGUCCAGGAGGGUCCGGCAACCCCCCUAGACCAGACACCUAAAAGUGAGGAUGCUGUAGCUGGGCAGCAAGAACUGCACCUGAAGCAAAUGGUGGGGCUGCUGCGGCCAGAAGACACCAUCCAGCUGGCUGUGAGACUGGAGUCAGCGCGAGCCCAUAGAAUCCGAUACCUGUUGGUGGUCUCAGCAGCGGAGAUGGAGGGCAAGAGCGAGAUGGUGCUUUUGGGGGUGGACUUCCCUGACGAAAGCUUGGCUACCUGCACCCUGGGUAUGGUGCUUCCACUUUGGAGUGACACCCAGGUUUUCCUUGAUGGCGAUGGGGGCUUCAGUGUGACAUCUGGGGGACAAACACGGAUCUUUAAGCCCAUCUCUGUCCAGACCAUGUGGUCAGCACUGCAAGUACUGCACAAAGCAUGCAGCGAAGCGGUCUGCAACAACUAUUUUCCUGGAGGGGGUGCAUUGAGCUGGACCGAGUGGUAUCAGAAGGCUGUGAAUUCUGACCAGAGCUGCAUUAAUGAGUGGCUAGCCAUGUCUGACCUGGAAUCUGUGCGGCCCACUUCUCCUUCCAUCUUCUCUGACCAGCCGACAGCACAGGAGAUGACAGAGCGGAUGAUCCGGGCCAAGCUGCGUGAGGUGAUGGGCACCACUGACCUGGAGAGCAUCACCUCCAAGGAGAUCCGUACAGAACUGGAGCAGCGAGUUGGCUGCAGCCUGAAAGACUACAAGGAGUUUAUUGACAACGAAGUGUUGCUUAUCAUGGCACAGAUGGAUCGGCCUUCUAAGAUCUUUGACUACCUCUACUUGGGCUCUGAAUGGAAUGCCGCCAACCUUGAGGAGCUCCAAAAGAACAGAGUCAGCCAUAUCCUCAAUGUGACUCGUGAGAUUGACAACUUCUUCCCAGAGCAUUUCACUUACAUGAACGUGCGUAUCUAUGAUGAAGAGGCCUCACAACUAUUGCCAUACUGGAAGGAGACCUACAGCUUCAUUUCAGCUGCUCGGAUCCAAGGCUCUCGGGUAUUGGUGCACUGCAAAAUGGGAGUGAGCCGUUCUGGCUCCACGGUGAUUGCCUAUGCCAUGAAGGAGUAUGGUUGGUCACUGGAACGGGCCCUUGGUCACGUGCGAGAACGGCGACCAAUUGUCCACCCCAAUCCAGGCUUCAUGAGACAGCUGGAACUUUACCAGGGCAUUCUGGAUGCCAGCCGUCACAGCAGCCUGUGGGAACAAAAGGUGGGAGAUGCCCCAUCAGGAGGCUCUUCCGAUAUAAGUGAUGCCAGCAGUGGUCAUUCUGGAAGCCUGGAAUAUGAGACUCUGAGCUCAGAUGAAGAACCAGAGGUGCCAGUAACAACUCCCCAGUAUUGCUUUCGUCCUCUGCAUGAGCCUUCCGAGAAUCCCAGUCAUCCUCUGCCCCCCACUGGCAGCCCCCAGCUCAGUCCUCAGGCAGUGGAAGACGCUGGGGCAUCAGAUGAUUCAGGAGCUGAGGAGGUGCGGAGACACCUAGCUACCAUGACAGUGCCUGAGAAGCCAGCCAUACUCCGACGGGAACGCAUUAACCUUUAUGCAAUUAUGCGCAGCAUCAGUGAGAUGGAUAGCCCAGAACACACCUCUGUGACGGAGGGCACACCUGAGGAAGAGGUAUUUCUUCAUGCCGAAAGGAAGACCUGUGAACCAUCAUCCCAAAGUGAGGAAAAUGAAAGGCCAGUGACAGACUCUACAGCAAAGUCAUCCCUGCCAGGGGAUCAGUGGGCACAUGGACGGAGGCCAGGGCGACGGGGACGUAGCAGGGCUUCCAGAGGCCAUGCUCAGCCUUGCAAGCAGCUCUCAUACCACCCAGCACCAGGCAAAGUGUAUAAAGCUGUUCGGCACAUGGAGGGUUCUGUCUCGCGUGGGCGCAGGCCCCCCUUGCAGCACCGCCUCUCGGUGGCUCAUCUGGCUGAUGCUGCCCUGGUGGUGAGUCGGACCAAGGAGUUUGAGGGACAGAUGGAUCCUGAAAUUUCCAAGAAGCUCCAAUCGCCAUCUUCCUUGCCAUGCUCCAGGUCUCGACGAGUUGUGCGCCAGGCCAGUGUUGACAUGGACCCCAGUUUGGUCUGAAGACCUUUUCCCUGCCUUUCCCCCUUUCUUCUGUCAGUAAGCAAAGGAUUUCAUGGGGUCCCAAGGCUGAACACACGUUAGUGAUAUUGAGCUGGGGGAGAUGUAUCUUCUGUACACUGCCUAGGAGGAAGAGCGAGGAGGAGAGAACUGUUCUGCUGUUCAAGAGACCACAGCUGCUUUUCAAGUGCAUCUGUUCUUUCUAUGGGAAGUGGCAGCAGGACCAGUGUUCUUACUGGCUUUACUCCAUUUAUUUGUACAGACCUGCUAAGGGCCCUACAGACUUCAUGGUUUAAGUUCCAUAUGGCAGGGCUGUCUGUUCCUUUAAUUCACUUUGAAUGCCUUCAUAUUCUUUUCUUCCCCAAUCCGAUAUUUUCCAGAUGUUUUGGACUGGAAUUAUGGUCAUCCCCACCUAGCACAAUGGUGGAAGUUGUAGUCAAGCAUACCUGAGGCCUCCAGAUGGGCCAAAGGUUGCUUUACAGAGAAGGUUUAAGACUGUAACCUCUCACUGUGAUCCAAGUGGGGAAUGAACUGCUUUCUCUUUAUUUUUGUGUACUUACAGUCACUGUGCCAUUGCCAGCUUAACACAGCCUGAAAAUAAAGUUAAUUCAUUUUCCACUUGGUAAACUCAGGUUGUAUGUCUUCUUUUGAAGCAUAUCUCCAUUCCUAACCCUAACCAAACCCUAACCAAAAUAACAGGGAAAGGGGCAGCUCUUGGUUUUUAUACUGGGACUGGGUUUAUACCGCAUGCUAAGCCAUGCUUUGUCUAGUUAGGCUUCACCUGAUGUGUGACCCCCACCCCCACCACUGUAGUUUGUAAAUCAUAAUAUAUGGUUUGGCGUGUUGUGCAACCUAGGCAAUUGUGGUUUGUUCAAGAACCAUGGUGAAAAUAAACCAUGGGCGGGCAUGUUGCAUGAAUUCAGUCUGGGAGUGAAAGCACAACCCAUGAGACUAACAGCAACAAAAGCAUCCAACAACUAACAGGCUGUGAAGCAAUUACCUGGGUUCUUCACAGCAGUUAAUGAGGUGAAUCUUGCCCAUGCUUAUUAGCACAGCAAAGCUGCUCAGGCCUGGCUCACUAUGUCAGCAGUUCUCAACCUUUUUGGUACCAGGGACCGGUUUCGUGGAAGACAAUUUUUCCAUGGACCGGGGGGGGGGGGGGAGGAUGGUUUCGGGAUGAUUCAAGUGCUUCCUCUUUUUCCUGACCUUUUUAUUAUUUUUUCUUCGCGCCGUUUGGAGAUAGCAGCCAAUGGGCUUGCUUUCUCUGACAGGAGGCGGAACUCAGGCGGUAAUGCGAGCUAUAGGGAGUGUCUGUAAACACUCAGGCUGUAAAUUCACUCUCUGGCCCACCACUCACCUCCUGCUGUGCCACCCGCUUCCUAACAGGCCACAGACUGGUACCGGUCUGCGGUCCAGGGGUUGGGGACCCCUGCACUAUGUGAUCAAAGUUUACAGUAACUGGGCCUGUUAUUACACGUAUCUCACCCAUUAUCAGUAGUGAGGAGUCGAAGGAAGAACCGGUUUCAUUGUAGCUAUAAUGAAUGAAAAUGAAAUAAAACAUCUGUAGAGGAAAAAAAAUAAACUACAGGCA